AUCUUUCAGAUUGCUACAAAGGACCCUUUAAACCCAAUUAAGCAAGAUGUGAAAAAAGGGAAACUCCGUUAUGUUGCGAAUUUGUUUCCCUACAAGGGGUACAUCUGGAACUAUGGUGCCAUCCCUCAGACUUGGGAAGACCCAGGACACAGCGAUAAGCAUACUGGCUGUUGUGGUGACAAUGACCCAAUUGAUGUUUGUGAAAUUGGAAGCAAGGUAUGUGCAAGAGGUGAAAUAAUCAGGGUGAAAGUUCUGGGCAUAUUGGCUAUGAUUGAUGAAGGAGAAACUGACUGGAAAGUCAUUGCCAUUAACGUGGAUGAUCCUGAUGCAUCGAAUUAUAAUGGUAAGACAGUUAAGUCUUUCUAACUUUCUUAGGCCAGA